AUGAGUCAUCACAGUGCCAAGAAAAGUAUAUUGCAUCUCUUGAAAGCAAGUUCAAAAAGAACCCAUAGUAAUGUUGUAGGAGAAUCAUUAUAUACCAGCCAAAAGGCUCUUUAUAUGGUGUCUACAACCCGUUCCUAUUCACGAAAAUUAUUUCCAACAAGCCUCCACUCUGAUGGUUUAAAUUCUCAUCCACCCUCUUCUUCAUCAAACAACAACGGAAUUCAUCAUCAUAACCAACACUCUCACAAUAGAAACUAUGGAAUUCUUUCAAGUUUAACAUCCAAAGUAAUUCCUUCCCUUACGAACAUCAAAAUCCCAAAACUCGUCUCAACCGAAAACAUUGAUUCAAUCAUAACAACAACAGAUAUGAUUAUUGAUGAAAGCGUUUCAAAAGGCUCACUUGCCCAUCUCAUACAAGAAACAAUUUUAAAAGACAGAGAGCUUGCUGUCAAAUCUGAUCCAAACAGAACAUCUCAAACAAUAUCACGUCAAGUUGAAGGCGAUUUGAAACUGAUUGGAGAAGAAAUUUUGGACAGUGUGAAAUCGGACCACCCAGUUCUUGAUGCUGCUGCAAAAUACUUUUUCAAUACACCUGGAAAACUUUUUAGACCCAUGCUUGUUCUCAUGACUGGUAGAGCUGUCAAUGAAGAGCAGCACAUGGACGUUAAAGAUUUGGAAAUUAUUAUGAAAAAGCAAAGGAAAUUAGCUGAAACAACAGAACUAAUUCACGUUGCAAGUUUAAUUCAUGAUGACAUUGUCGACGACGCAGAUACAAGAAGAGGAAUUCCAGCACUUAACAAGUUCAUUGGGAACAAGGUUGCAGUGUUAGCUGGAGAUUUUUUGCUUGCUAGAGCUUCAAUUAAUUUAGCAAGAAUUGGAAAUAUCGAAGCAAUAGAUUUAAUAUCAACUGUCAUUGAACAUUUGGCUUAUGGCGAAGUUUUACAAAUGGCUGGAAAGGGAAAGAGAGACUUUGAUUAUUACAUGAAAACAAUCUUCUUUAAAACUUCUUCAUUAAUUGCAAAUAGCUGUAAAGCAUCAGCAGUUUUGAGCGGAACAACAAAUCAUGACUUUAUUGAGGCAGCUUAUACAUUUGGUAAACAUGUUGGUAUUGCAUAUCAAUUAACAGAUGAUAGCCUUGAUUUUACACAGUCACAAUCUACUCUAGGAAAACCUUCUCAAGGAGCAGACAUGAAAUUAGGUUUAACUACUUGCCCUAUUUUAUUUGCAACCAAAGCAUUCCCUGAGGAAAUGGCUCCAAUCAUUGAAAGAAAAUUCUCUGGAGAAGGUGAUAUUGAAAAAGCCAUGGAGCUUGUGGUCAAGAGCAAUGCUGUUCAGUCCACAAAAGAUUUAGCUGACACACAUACGAGGAUGGCCUACGAUGCUGUUAUGAAAUUCUCUCCGUCGCCUGUGAGAUCAGUUCUAUUAGAAUUAUUAUACAAAAUUUCACUCAGAAACAAGUAA